AUGCUCCGUAACAGACAAAACUCCCAGAAGCCUGACGAUGAGCUCAUUCAGAAAUUUCAAAAGACCUUCUCGGACGUCAUGCCCUCAACGGUCUCUCACCGCAAAGACCCGCGGUUCGGUCAGAUGCCUGGCAUCGGACCUAUCACUCCUGCCAGACUCAGCAUGGGCAGUGAUAUGAAGCUCAAUGAACCGACUUCCCGCGCAUCACACGACUUCCGCUACGCAGCGCAAUAUAUGGACCCGGUCUUCAAUCCGUUACCGCCUCCUGGCUACUAUACUCCAAACUCGGGCGGGUUAAGUGCAGUGUAUCACAACCAGGCUGGAGACCUACAUACUCCUGGCAUGGCUAUGAACAUGAUCACCCCGCUUUCUCUAGCCCAGCAGCUUCCUGCACCUACCAUCAACGCCGACCCUGUGGCCUUAAGUCUUGAUCAGUUCGAUGAACAGUAUCUUCCACCGCCCUUUAAUAAUCAACACCCGUUUACGCAGCAAGGGUCGUUCGCGCCUAGCGCUUUUAUUCAGAGUGAUACAGGUUAUGAUGCCAUGGACGAGUCUGGCGAGGAAUUGUCUCUAAAUGAUGUUGAUAUGCAGGGCCACCCGUCUUCUCAUCUGGUUGCACAGACGAUCCAAGACGAUCAAAUGAGCGUCCAAAAUACUGGUGAAACUUUUCGUUACCAUGCCACUCUACGCGCACCGACGGCAAUGAUCAAUCACCAGACUGAAAUUCCUGUAACAUAUCUCAACAAAGGCCAAGCAUACUCUUUGUCUGUCAUCGAUUCUACCCCGCCUCCCAGGACUGGACAACCUCUCAAGUACCGUACCUUCAUCCGUGUAUCAUUCCAAGAAGAGGAGCAACGGGCAAAGCCGGCUACUUGCUGGCAAUUGUGGAAAGAAGGUCGAGGAUCCAAUGAAGCGCAUCAGCGAGGCGGUAAGCUUCAAGCCGUCGAGUAUGUCGAUCCCGUUCAAGGCGGCAUCGAAGACACGAAGAACCGCCAGAUUAAACUUGAGAGCUCAUCGUUCGAUGGGUUCUGCGUCACAUGGACUGUGAAUCCCGCGACGGGGACGUCGGACUGUGCUAUCCCGGUCCGGUUCAACUUCCUGUCGACGGAUUUCAGUCAUUCCAAGGGCGUGAAGGGCAUUCCGGUCCGUCUGUGUGCGAAGACUGAGCUAGUUGCCCCAGAUGAAAUCAGUCCCAGCUCAGUUGGAGAGCACGAAGUGUGUUACUGCAGAGUCAAACUGUUCCGUGACCAUGGAGCCGAGCGGAAGCUGUCUAACGACAUUGCCCAUGUUAAGAAAACCAUUGAGAAACUCCGUCAACAGAUAUCCCAGGCUGAGAUCGGCGCUGGAAAUUAUGGAAAGCGCAAGCGUAGCGGUGGCUCAAUCGCUCUCAAGAGCGCUGACCCGCGCCCUGCCAAAAUCUCAAAACACAAACGCACAUGGUCCAUGGGCUCCCAGGAUGGCCCUGGCAAGAUGUCUUUGGAAGAUGACCUUCAUGCGAAGCUAGCAUUGAUGCAGGACAUGUUCACGUCGACGCGGUCGGUAAGCGUUCUAGGCUUACGGGGUGAAGAAGAAGACGACCCGGACCUGUUCCCUGUGGUGCUUCCAGAGUCGCGCGAAUUCGUCAAGCGCGAGAAUAGCCGCGGGCCCCGCUUCAGCGUUGAUGCAUCCCUGCACGGCGCUUCACCAACCAGUAGUAAUAUCUCGAUCAACUCGCCAUCCCAUCCAACCAACACGCAGUCCAACACCUUCUACGACUCGGCAUACCAUGGAUCAUUGAGCACUUCGCGGGAGAACUCACGCACCGGCUCCGAAGCCUUAGGCGACAAGAUGUCCCUUAAGCAUCCCGUCAAAGUCCACAAAGUCGGUUCAAGUAACAGCCAGGCCCCAAUGGGAUUCAUUGAAGCAGUGGAUAUCGACCCGACAUACAGGCCACCCGUGGAUCGACCUGCCAAGCCGAUCGCCUGUUUCUACGUCCGAUUUCCGCGCAAUGAUCAACCGCAGGAUGAUUACUACCGGGCCGUUUACCUGACCGAACGGACUGUUCAAGAUCUGAUGGAGAAGAUCUCCGUGAAACAGCGAAUCGAUCCUCAGCGUAUAGUACGGGUUCUCCAUGUCAAGCAGAAUGGCCUCAAGAUCAUGGUCGACGACGACGUCGUCCGUGAGCUCCCCGAUGGCCAAGACAUGGUCGUCGAGAUUUCCGAAACUGCGUCUCUCGAGAGUGCAGCAGCUACAGGAGCUGCUAACCUCAACUCAGCUGUCGAGGUCAAAUUGAGCUAUUGA